UCUAGUGUGUUAAGUCAUGAUAUAGUGUGUUAAGUCAUGAUCUAGUGUGUUAAGUCUCCAGCAGUCGUCCAGUAUGGUGUUCAACUCUAGUACAGGUCUACCUAGUCGAUCUAGUCCAGUAAGUCAUGAUCUAGUGUGUUAAAUCUCCAGCAGUCAUCCAGUAUGGUGUUCAACUCUAGUACAGGUCUACCUAGUCGAUCUAGUCCGGUAAGUCAUGAUCUAGUGUGUUAAAUCUCCAGCAGUCGUCCAGUAUGGUGUUCAACUCUAGUACAGGUCUACCUAGUCGAUCUAGUCCGGUAAGUCACGAUCUAGUGUGUUAAAUCUCCAGCAGUCGUCCAGUAUGGUGUUCAACUCUAGUACAGGUCUACCUAGUCGAUCUAGUCCGGCCCCUUUGAAGAGGAAGACGGUGGGAAGGUUUGACUACGAUAAUUCUCUCACCAACUCCAGGGCCAUCAAAAAUGCCCUCUCCUGUUCUAAACUGGCUUUGGAGUCCGAGAGUUCAAGGUCAUCUGUCACGCCUGACCAGUCACGAACACUCAGUACAUCUGCACCGGCCUCAACAAACUGCCUUCUGGGAAACUUCGAGGAGUCAGUGCUGAAUGGUCGGAUUGAGCCAAUCGGAGCAGUGGAGGGAUUUACCUGUGAUAUCGGAGCGGGGGGAUCCUUCUGUCCUAAACACGUGUCACUUCCUGUUACCGCCUACUUCUUCCAGUUAUCGGAUGACAACGCCCCCUCACCUUAUCUCGGUCAUAUUAAUUUGGAAAGCUUGGGAAAGAAGGGCUACCAUAUACCAAAGUGUGGGACGGUGCAAGUGACUUUAUUUAACCCAAACAAGACAGUCAUCAAAAUGUUUGUCGUCUUGUAUGAUCUCAGUGAUAUGCCACCUCAGUGUCAAACAUUCCUACGACAGAGAACUGUGUACAUGCCAGUGGAAGACAACAGCUCUCAGCCAUCAUAUCUCAGAUACCUCAUACAUCUCAGGUUUGCCAGUUCUAAAUCUGGGAAGAUAUUCCUUCAUACAGACAUUCGUGUGUUGUUUGCCAGAGACAAGUUUGAAUUUGACCCAAAUGUCGCCAAAUACGAACUCCGGUCCUUCACAGAAGCUCCUUCUAACCCCAAGUUCUCUCCCCGGAGGUGAUGUUGGCCUAAAAUAGGUCAAACUAGGUCAAAUUUAAUAUAAAUUAGGUCAAACCUGGUAAUAAGCUAGGUCAAAUCUUGUGUAAACUAGGUCAAAUCCAAUAUAAACCAAGUGAAAUCUUGUGUAAACUAGAUGAAAUCUGGUUUUAAACUAGGUUAAAUCUGGAUUUUACAAAACCAUUAUUUCACAGAGGUCAUGUCAUAAGCUUUUGUUAAGACUGUUUAUGUAGCUCAGAUCUAGUUAUUUUGUUGUUGACAUACCUAAUUUAAUUUAAGGCUUGAACUAGGUCAGUGUAUCUAGGUUUUUCCUGGUUAUGUAUGGAUGUUAACGUCUAUAUGGUAUAUAUGUCAUAUUUUUUGAAAAAAAAAUCAUAGAUAAUAAUCUGUGUGUGUGUUGGGUUGAUAUUUAUUUAUAUAUGAGAAUCAGUGAGCGUUUGAUUUUUUUUGUUACGAGUAGUAGGGUUUAUUGUUUUACAUCUGCCAUCUCGGAAUACAAAGUAACAGAUUUGUAA